AUGAGUUCAGAAUUAAAUAUUUCAAGAUCUUCAGGUCGACGUAUCUACAAGUCUAUGGGUUUUAAGCCAUAUAUUCCUAGAUUAGUUCAUGAACUCAAUGAAGUUGAUUUUGAUCGACGAAUUGAAUAUUGCGAAACGUUUUUAUCGCUCCUCGAAAGCGAACCGGAUCUUAUUCAUCGUGUCAUUUGGUCAGAUGAAGCAGUAUUUAAACUCAAUGGACAUAUUAAUCGUCAUAAUUCUGUCUAUUGGGCAACAGAAAAUCCAAAUCUUACAUGGAAGCAAACCAUGCAAGCUGAAGGUCUUAUUAUGACAAAUCAAUUUUUUUUUGCACGAUGGCGCACCAGUACAUUACGCUUCUAA